CUGACAUAACACAUGAUAAAUGACAAUCCGUAAACCGUAAACGCCACCGUGACUGCUGAAGACUUGAAGCGUUGACUGAGUAAAAAACGUUGUAAACGUCAUGGACGUGGAUACUGCCAGCGAUAAUACUUCAAUAGAUGACAAAACAGAAGACUUCUGCGAAAAUCCAACGCGAGAUGCAUUGACGGAGGGACUUAUGGGCCUCCUGAAGCCUACAGUAGAUCAACUUGACGAAAGAAUACGCGCUACAAGAAUAAGUCAAAUUGAGCUCAAGCAGCAGAUCGAAUCAUUGACAGAGGAAUUAUUAAAAAUAUCUGAAGCUCUUCAGUGCCCCCUUGAACUGGAUGUAUACGUUAAGAAGCUCAUCAAUACCAAACAUAAAGUUACUGUUGUAAGCAACAUUUUACAAACGACCCAAGAACGACUUAACAAGGUUCAUCAAGCUGUAGAAAGGAAUACAGCUCGACGAAAGGCUUUGCUAGAAACAACACCUGCAGUCAACACUCCGACUCCUACCGAAACCACUGAGCAAAUAGCCAGUAUUGAAAGUGCUGGUAACGAAGUGAGAGACGGAUGA